UUUGACAUCCAAAAUGGCCGAUACGGAGGAGCGAGCGCAACAAAUCUUUGACGAAAUUAAAGUGCUAAAUGCUAUCUUUUGUAAGACGGACGAAUUUCUCGUAAAUGAAGACAUUCCAGAAAACGAUAUUGAAAAACGUUGUCGUGAUUUAAUCGUAGGGAAAAUCCAAAACAUACGAUUGUCAGUGAAAUUAAGUGCAUUUGAACACGAUUUAAAUGAUGACACAAGAUUGUUAAUAUCUAUUGACAAUGCUUAUCCGAAUGAAUUAAAAGGGAUUUCGGUUUCAUCUGAUCUUUUAACUCGAAAACAAACCCAAGAAAUUCGGUUAGAAACGCUAGAAUAUGCAAAAGAGAACUUAUCUCGAUUACAAGAACCAUUCAUUUUGAAACUUUUUCAAUGGGCACAGACAAAAUAUACUCAAAUAAGUUUAGAAAGCCAGCAUAAUGAUCUGAAGGUGAACUCUGAGAAUGUAGAAAACAGUGACUUAAAAAUAUGUAUUUUAAAGUUUGAUCAUAUGAGAUCACGAAAAAAAUUAAAAAGAAUGAGUAACUGGAUGAAAGAACUAGAUGUAAAUGGCUGUGUUACAUUUUUUGAAAGACACAUAUUUGCCAUCAUUGAAGGAAACAGUUGUGACAUACAUAAAUAUCUAAAACGUUUAAGAACAUGUUCUGUGGAUGUGGAUUCAUCAGGCCAAGCUUGCAAAGAAAGAAUGAUGGAUGUCAUAUGUGAAAUAAAUACAAAAAGAGUGAGAUUUUCCAUGGGAUUUCUGAUUAAAGAGUGUGCAAAUUUGAAUGAAUUAGGAAACAUCUUUAUAGAACAUGACCUUGGAGAGGUUUAUCAGAGUUGUAUCAAAAGAUUAAUUGUCAAUAAAGUAGUUUGAUUGCCUAAUUUAGACAAAAUCUUUAUAAAACAUGAUUUAGAGGACGUUUAUCUGAGUUAUGUUGAAAGUCUAACAAACAAUGUCCAUAUGUAGUUCAAUUUCUUAUUUUCUUCAUGAAAACAUGAAACAUAAUCUCAGUCUUGUACACAUCACAAAUCUGUCCACAACAAUUACUUGCUUGGCAGGUUUAUUUAACGAGAUGUAAAAAGAUCAACAAUAUAUAUUUACACAAAUAA